UGCCAAGCUUCCAAUCGUGUUGAAAUAUGCGUUCCACAACCUUUAUAGUUAUUUUGGUAUUGGCUCUCUCCCUCUACCCCUACACUGCUGAGGCCCAAAACUGUGCCUGUAGUGAGAGGGGUGGCCCUGUUUGUGGUAUUUUACGUCGUGGUCGACGAGAAAUAAGAUGCACCUUUAGGAAUCUCUGUAGAUUGGUGAGACGUCGCUGUGCCACUCAAGAACCAUGGAGAUCUACACCUGGAUCUUGCGCUAGAGAGUCUGUUGAGUGUGGAAGAAUUAGUGGCCGCUGA